GCAGCUGCGCCAUUCCUCCUUUGUCCAUUGAAUAGAGGGAAACGGUCCACUGUGAGAAGACACCGGCUUAGCAACCACACCAUUAUAUUAUUCCAGGACAAGACGCUGCCGUUUGUGUGAGUUUAUCCAACUGAGUUAGAGAUCGUUGGUGUAAACAGCCGCGCUCAUUUCGGUGUGUUAACGUUAUGAGCCAAGCGAAUGGUAAUAAAACCGCAUCUGAGUCAGUCUUAGAGUCGAGCCCAGCACAGAAGAAAACCAACAUGGAAGACACUAAAUACCUCCCGGAGCUUCUUGCUGAAAAGGACAGCCUGGAUUCAUCUUUCACUCACGCCAUGAAACUCAUUUCUGCAGGUAAGUUGUUCUGAAUUUUGACGUUUUGUCUCCGCUAACUCAUGCUAGCUAACGGCGUGAGGCCUACUGCCUUUUUUCAGCGGCCGAGACCUCUCAGGCCUGAACAAUGGCGCAUUCACACGUGGUUGUUCGCGAUGUAGGUCAGACUUGUAUGCUUACAGAUAAAAGAGAUUUGUUUGAAAUGUCAUAUAAUGUUCAGGUGCUGCAUUUAUUUUUAUGCUGCACCGUUGUUAGAGCUCACUGUAAAGCUUCACGAAGACGACUGAUUCUGCAAGGCGCAUAUUUUCUAACAACAAUGUCCCACCUCCUGUUUGCUUAAGCUUGUUUUGGCUGCAAGAUGUAACCACCACCACAGGAUAAAUCAAAGCUAGUGUAAUGUAUUGACAAAUAUCAUGCCCUGUCUGCAGAGAUUGAAAGGAUCCAAAAAGGUGAAACCAAGAAAGAACCUGAAAAGGAGACCUACCUGGACCUUUUUGCUACCAAGAACCUCAAACUCAAAGAGAGAGUACUCAUUCCCACCAAACAGUUCCCCCGGGUAAGCACUUGCUCUUUUCUUUGUCUUUGUUUGGGCUCUCAUGCUUUCAGUGAUCAGCAUAGGGCUUUGUUGCAGAAAUAAUCUGCAAUCUGAAGAAACUGUGAUAAUGAGGAAAUUAUUCUCGAUGUUCUUUGGUUCGAAUGAUUAAAAUGAGUUUUUUUCACUUGUGUCAGGUUUUGAAAUAAGUAAUCAAUUAGCACAAAUCCAAUUAAUCCUGUCUGAUAAGAGCCCCCUCCUAUUCCAGCCUCAUUCUCCCAGUUGUGUAAGUCGAAUCAUGUGCCGAGUGCCCCAUUAAAAUGGUUUCUGCAUGAAUAAUUAUGCAAAAGUCUAUAAAGGCACUUUUUUAACAUUGGCUGCAGUCACAGUUGCUGAGGUUUGGGGAUAAUUUUUGUGCAGAAUGUGACUCUGAGUGAUUCGUUUCCGAUAGGAUCAGGCUACCUCAGGGCCUGCUGAAAUAUUUCCCUCCAGUCUGUGUUCCGGUGCGUUUAACAAGACUGUUUGGUUUCCUUUUUUUAUCACCAGGUCAACUUUGUUGGGAAGCUUCUGGGACCACAGGGUAGCACAAUCAAGAGACUGCAGGAAGAUACAGGUGCAAAGAUUUCCGUUCUGGGCAAAGGCUCAAUGAGAGACAAGAACAAGGUACGCAUAGAAAUGGAUUAACUUGUUGCACCUAAAAAAUUCUUUUUUCUGAAUAACCAUUAACAUGCAGCAGAUGUUUUAAAAGGUAUCACAUUUUAAAUCUUUCAUCAGGAGGAGGAACUGAGGAAAGGUGGCGAGGCCAAAUAUGCUCACCUGUCCAUGGAGCUGCAUGUCUUCAUUGAGGUGAUGGCACCCAUACCUGAGGCCUAUCUGCGUAUGGCUCAUGCCAUGGAAGAGGUCAAGAAGUUCCUGAUUCCGGUAUGUAUCCAACAAUACUUACUGGAUAUUUUCUUUGCUUUAACGUGUUCUUGGAGGAGCUGUUUUCUACAGCAAGAAGAGUACUGUGUUUGACGGACAAUGUGCCCCCUAUAGGAACCUGGUGAGCAUGACCCAUACAUGGACCCCCACUUCCUGAAUGGAUCUCAGGAUGGUUCAGGCAGAGGGCGAGGUGGUCAGUUUGGAAGAGGCAGAGGUGGACCACCUGGUGCAGGACCAAUGUAAGUGCUUCACCCCUUAUGACAGUAACUUAAACUUGUGCCACACCACAUUAUGACACACCAUCUGGAAAAGUGAUGCACUGGCAUGACGAUGCAUGCAUAGGAUAACUGGAAUCCAUGAAGUAACUUGACUCAUUUUUGCACAGGGGUAGAGGAAUGUCACGUGGUGGUCCCCGAGGAGCAAUGCGUGGUGGAGCUCCACGGGGAGGACUUGGAGGACGGGGCAAUGCUCCGAGAGGUGCACCAUCUGGCAGGGGUGGACCACCCUCUGCCUCCAAUAGAGGGGGUUCUAAUCCACGCUCCAGACCCCCUGCAGCAGGAGCCCCAAGGAUGGUCCCCUCUGCAUCCAUGUCCCACCAGCAGCACCAGGGUCCACCUUCAGGAUCCCAGCCCAAAUCUGAGGGCUAUGAAGAAUAUGUAAGUUGAUUUUUGAUUGUAAUGUCUGCAAGAAGCGGUACAGUCCAGUCUCUGAACCAGCUUCACCUUCAUUUUGCUCAAAUAUUUGUCUUGUUCCCCCAGCCUCCCUACGAAGAAUCCUAUGCUGAACCUGCCUAUGAGGGAUAUGACAGUUAUUAUAACCAGCAAUCUGCACCAGCGUAAGUCAGAAAAAUGUAACUCACCCGUUUCUGUUUUAUUCCGAAACUCUGUAUUCACGAGGUGUUUCUGCCUUUAGGGACACUGAAUAUUACGACUAUGGACAUGGUGAGGCCCAGGAAGGUUCAUAUGAGUCUUACGGUAAGAACUGAAUUUCAGUGUUCACGCUGAUCUUUGGUAAAAGACAAUCCUGAGUCCUGUAUGCCUUACUUACUGUUUGUUUUGUUUUUUCUUGCUCCUGCAGCUCAAGAUGACUGGGACAGCUCAUGGUCCAACUCUGGUGGGGGAGGAAAGGCCCCGAUGUCCAGGCAGGCAAAGGGAUCCUAUAGAGAGCAUCCAUAUGGAAGAUACUGAACGGCUACUGGUAGAGAGUUGCCUUGGCAACUGUCUAAGAUUGUAACUCGCUGAACUUUUCUAAAGUAAUUUCCUCCUUGUUCGUUCACCUUUUUAUUGUUUAUUUUAUCAUUUUGUUUUUUAAAAUUAGGUAAAAGCUUUUUUGUUGGAUGUGUCAGAGUGCCAGAGGUGAACCGUGAAAGGAUUUUUCGUUGUUUACCUGUUCCCAUUUAAUGUUUGUUUCAGUUGCGUUGAUGGCAGUUUUGGUCUUAGUGACACAAACUAAAAGGAACCAGAGCAAUGUUUUAGUGAUAUUUGAUGGUUAGCUUCUUAAGUUAAGUGUUACUGAAAAUAAUUGUGAUUGUGGCGAUAAACUCCUCUCAUGUAGAGUUCAUUUUUUAAUAGAUCUUUAUUGACUGGCAAAAACUUAUGCUCACCAACUCAAUAAUUAGAUCCUUAAGUUACAUACUCAAAUGCAUCCCUGAGCUAUUUUGAUUUAAAACAAAAGUGAUAGAUUGAUCUACAUUUUAAUAACAAUAUAGUCUUUAUAAGAAGUUGCAGAAUCUCGUAAAAUGUUACAAAAUUUUACAAGGAAAAUGACUAUUUUGUCACCUUUUACAAUUGGUAUGUUCUCUGUCUAAUCAUUACUGCAAAACCUUUACUGAAGAGGAAUUAUCAAUCCUUACUGUAUGUGAGAAAAGCUGUAGCCAACACAAUACCUUGUACAUAAUCUUAGAACAACUGUGUAUGCUUUAAGCCGUGCCGUCUCUAAAAUGCAUAAUGCUUGUGUACCUUUUGGCUAAAUAGGAUACUAAAUAUAUCCCAAAAUGUCUUUCUGCAGUGCGUGUUUCAAUAAAGUUUCUAGUUUUCUUUUUAACCAGUCUAAACAUGGUAUUUUGCCUUUGUUGUACCAAAGGAAUGCCCUCACUUUGUGAAAGUGGUCCUCGGUGGUUUCUCAGCAACCCUGAAAAAGCUGUAUGUAUAUCCGUCAGCCUGACAAAAACAAAAGCAGUGUUUCUUUUACAGUGAAUUUAUCCACUCUGCAAAAUUUACCCUAAUGACACCUGUAAUGCCACCAUCAAAAACAAAUAAAGCUCAUCAUUCCUUGAGAUAAUGUGCUGCCAAAUAUCUUUUACUUGAAAGUGAUAUAGUGCUUGAACAUGUAUUGUCAUUAACCUUUAGUUUAUCCAAGCUCUCGAGAGCAAUGUAUCUUCAACAACGUGAAAUAACUGAAUUUCAACAGUAUUUCAAAUCAAGCUUGCAGGGAUCUUACUUGACUUUGAUGCAAAGUCAUGCUGGCUGGUUUUUAUAAAAGAAAAAAAUCGCAGAGGAGAGGAUUCUAAAAGCCUAAAGAUCGCCACAAGAAGGUAAAACUAACCCCAACACUCAUUUGUUAGAUUUCUUUUGUUUUGUUUUCUGUGCAAAACAUCAAGUAAUGCAAGUCACCCAAAACACAUCAAAAACAUUGUAGUACAAAAUUAUGCUAUCAGUAGAUAUACCGAGCAAAAUAAGCCGUAAAAAAAACAAUCAGAAAUGGUUGUGAUGCAACUCUUGCUCAAAUAAAUCAAAUAAUGGUCCAUUCAUUUCACUCAAUACUUACAAAUUUCCAUCUUGAUAAUGACUGUAAAUUUAGACAAUGAAAAUUUAGGUUGCACUCAAAGCGUUAAAACAUCCCAUUGGGGGACAAAUACUCUUCAGCUUGAGUUGCAUGAUAAUUUUUUUUUUUUCUUCCUAGUAUUAAAUUCUGCAUGUGUGUUGUCACUGAACACAGAGGCACUGUUUGUGUCCAAAAUCUCACUUUUGUCUCUUCUCAUAGGUUGUCAGAACUGUAAAGGUGCAUUUAAAAUAAUGAACUACGACCUUCCAGGAAUAUAAGGCGAGUCUCACUUAUCUUAUACAAUAGAGACUGUGUUGGUCAAAGUGCAUUUAUUUUGUUUCAUAAUCAGUUAAUGGUUGUUUUAAUGUAAUGUUAAUUUGAUGUUGGAUCAUGAGCAGUAUGCCCAAAGAGAGAUUAAGUACCUCAUUCAUGUGGAUAUGACAUGUUAUUUUUAGACUAAUCUGUUUUCUAAAUGCCAGGAAACAAAUUCACUGUGAUGAGAUAAGCGUCUGUGUCCAUAUGUUUCAUCUCUUAAAAUGAGAUCCCAGCUUUGCCAACUUCAGACCAAAAGAAAAUUAAGUUCUUGUAAGAAGUUGAGACCAUGCCAAGGACUUUGGUAAAUGUACACUCUGACACGAGAUAAAGUGUUUUUUUUUUCUCUGUCUUUAACAGAUCUGUCCAAAGUCCCUGGAAAGAACAGAGGCCUUCUGGUGUCUCUGAGGCGGUUUUUCCUUGAAGGAUUUGUUUUAAAAGGGGAGGGGGUGUGGCUUUAAACACUGCUGAAAACUGGCUCGCAGUGGUGCAAAGUGCAUUUUUUUGGAUUUUAAUUUGAGUGUAUAUAUUUUUAAUGUUUUUAUACUGACAUUUUUUACUGCCUUUUUAUACAAGAGAAUAAAAAAAUAAUCUGAAAUGUG